AUGUCUAUCCAGUCGACUGCUGACCUUCAUGUUCUCGCUGCCCUGUACGUUGUAACCUUGUCUUUCUGUGGUAAGUUUGGAACUUAUUGGUAUAAUGAUAUGAGCGCAGUAAAGGUACCUAUUUUGCUAUCCAGAAUAACUGCUCAUGCACGAUUGUAAAUCUACGAAAAAACAUGCGUUUCACAUGAAUUCCUCAAUGAGGAGGAAGUCGUGUCGUUUAUCACUCAUCCAUUGUAACAAACGUCACGCAAACUCCGGGCGAAAAAACCUUUACCUUGGUCAAACCGGACGUACGGAAAUGUUUGGACAUAGUUUGUGAGAUCCAAAGAGCUAUUUUUGCCAGACAGUUAGCCAUGUUUUUAUAUGGCGACAAAAUGAUGAAACUGUUUAAGUUGCGGUUGCAUUUAUUUUUUUAAAAAAAUUAAAAUGGUUCAGAAAGAAGAAGGAAGUCAGGCGUGUCGUAUUUAUAUAUAAUUUCCCUAUGACUCUUAUGCUGCAAUUUCUGUUUGUAAACCACGCAAACAUACAGAGUGUAUUGAGGGUCGUUGACGCGAGAAGGAUAAAAUUGUUCGUUUUCAAAAGUGCAUUUUGGCUAGACGUUCUUAACUUUUCGUCACUGGGAGGAUGAAGUCUGCUCUUUAGACUGUUUACGAUGAUUUCCGUUUACGAUCUGUCAUGUAAAACUCGUAUGCGUUAACGAACUUAAUAUCCCACGAUGUCCCUGUUUACGAUCGAUUGGACGUAAGUCGCGUAAACACGCUUUAGUUUGUAUGCGUUUACGAACUUGAUAUCCGUUCAUUCCGUUUAAGAUUUGUCAUGUGUGGGACGAAAGCCAUGUGAACGCGCUUUAGCUCGUAUGCGUUUAAUAUAACGAACUUCGGAUAUCUAAUCAUAUCCCGUUUUACGAUUUGUCAUGUGUUGGACAAAAGCGGUGUUAACUCGCUUUAGCUCGUAUGUGUCUACGAACUUGAUAUCCGAAGAUUUCCCGGUUUACGUUCUCUCAUGUGUGGACAAAGUCGUUUGGAGGCGCAGUUUGUUCGCAUGCGUUUACGACUGAACUUCAUAUCUGAUGGUAUCUGUUUAAGAACAGUCAUGUGUGGACAAAAGCUAAAAAACGCGCUUUAGUUUAUAUGAUUUAAUGUAUUUGAUAUCCCGUUUAGAACAGUCAUGUUUGCAUCAAAGCCGUUUGAACCGGCUUUAGCUGGUAUGCGUUUACCGCUGCGGAAAUCCGAAGAUAUCCCACUUUACACUCUGUCAUGUGUGGGACGAAAUUCGUGUGAACGCGCUUUAGCACGUAUCUGUUUACGAACUUGAUAUCUACCGAUAUCCCGCUUUACGAUCCGUAAUGUGUGGACAAAAGUUGCGCAAAGGCGCGUUACUUUGUAGGCGCUUACAAUUAACCCUUUAAACCCUAAGAUCCAAAUUUGAAUUCUCAUUUGUUGCCCCUAUUCAUUUCCUACAGAAGUAGUGGGGAGAAGUUGAUAAAAUAUCAAGCAAAUUCCUCUUCUUUGAUCAUGUCCGUAAUUCUCAUGACCACUCUGUUUUACAAAGGAUUGAUAUUACAAGGAGAAGUUUGAUGCUGAUCACUCUUAGGGCUUAAAGGGUGAAAGAGAUUCUUCUCUGCAAAUGCAUGUGAACCGUACCAGGGUGCUCACCUGUUACAUUAGCGGGUUGAUGGGGAGAAUGCUAACUCUCGUGGGCUCAGAACAAGCUAGGGAGAGUUGUAGAAUAAGAUCCAUUUUCAAAAUGCUAGAAUUAGUGUGAAAUUAAACGACUUUAGGUUAGACUGACUUCGUAGUAGCCAUAUAGCGAUUCAAACCUGCCGCUUUGUGUCAACAAGAGGCUUAUUUGCUCUUGUACAAAGUGUUUUUUUGUUUCAGUGACUGGUUUAUUGAAAUAAGUAAAAAGUUGAUUAAAAACACGAAUCUUCCCUACAAGCCAGGUUUUUCCUUUGUUCUUUGUUUAAUCCUCACUUAAAUUAAUGAUUGCUUGUCUUAAUCCUUGUUUCAGCAUCACAGAACGUCUCGAUUUCACAAGAAACAAACUCCAGGUUAGUCUUAGCAGAACGUGUGGUUGUGUCAGAAGAACUUCUUGUCCACAGUUACAGCAGAUACUUGAAUUGAUGCCCGGGGCGCUUAUUUACCAUUUUGAGUUGGGUUUAUUCGACGGGUUGGGUGGGAACGUUUGUUUGAAGGGGACUCUUAAUUUCGUUGUUCAAAUGUUUGCCUCAAAAUAACAUUGUAUUUAUUUCCAGUAAAUACGUACCGUGACAGUAACAUAAACCCAGAUGGAUGAGCAACCAAAGGUAGAACAAGCUGCUCAAAAAUGCCUUUUUUUUCCAGCUGUAUUCCUGCGGAGCCCUCAGUCAGCUCUGUCAUGAGGGACAUGUCCUGUUCUUUUUACCCUAAAAUAACUGGAGCCUGUGAAGACAUCAUAAGUAGUCGAUAUGUUUUGGGGGAUUCUCGUGUCUUGAGAAGAAGCGAGAGUCUCAUUGCAAGGUUCGAAGGUUACUUAAAAUUAAUAUCUGGAGAAUGCAAAUUUUUCAGCAAGGAAGUGGUCUGUCGCUAUUUGUUUCCGUUGUGUGAUACCUCUCUAAACAAGCCUCUUGCUCAGGGGAUUUGUCGUAAGACUUGUCAGUUUGUGAUCUAUGGAAAGUGCGCAAAAGAGUUAGAUGCCCUGAGAGUAAUUGCCAAAAGAGAACCUAAUUUUGACGAAAAUCUAAUCAACUGCACUACAUACCCUGCUGCCAAUGGAGGAGAGGCACCAGAAUGCUACCAACACCAUGCAUUACCAGGUGAUUACUUGUUAUAUUUCCUGAGGCAUUCAGCCUCCAGUUGUUCAAAAGGUUGAUAGCCCUAUAAGGCUUUGAAACCAAUCGACUUCAGAAUUCAUUUAAUAAAUUCGUCAAUCGCCAUGGUCGUAUCGUCGAGAAGUAUGGUGCAGCCCUGCGGGAGAUGAGAUUAGCAAUCCAGGCUUAAAUUGCACCAUCGUAUCCUUACAUUGCUUAUUUAUUACUUGGAUUUUUAUUUCAGUUGUAUAUUGGUAGGUGUGCGCCCAAUUUAUUUUGGGCGCGUGCAUUAUUUAUUUAUUUAAGUCGCGUGUACAUUUAGUUCGUUUAAUAACGUCUUAGUUUUGCUUUGCGUUAUUUUCCUCACUUAUAGGUGUUGUCCGCGACUGUGCUCAUACGGUUCGUGGCUCCUCCUAAAAUGUUCUGCAAUUGGUAUAGAAUUUAAUGGAGCCGAAACCAAUUGUGGAAUUGCACUCAUUUUAGGCAUCCUACUGAUGAACAGUUGGGACACGUAGAUAUAUUUUUUAGCAACUACUAUAAUUUUCAGUCCGUCUACUUUGAAUAGUACAAUUGUUUUCUCUAAUACUUAUAGAUCCUUAUUCGUUUCUGGGAAACUGCCUACCUACCCCUCCCCUAAGCUAACGUUAACACUUACUUCUUACUUAGGGCAAAAUGUUGGCUUAGGGGAGGAGUAGGUGGGCAGUUUUCCAGAAACGUCCACUGGAUUUAUCAGGUGGAUAGCGCCAUCCAGCUUUUGAACAACUGGGGCCUGGUUUAUUUUUUUUUAGAAAAAGAAAGAGUCUUAACGUAAAGAGUUGUUCUCUUUUCCUUUUUUAAAGGUGACGAAACCAGAAGUACAGGUCUGUGAAUCUUUUCUUAGCAUGCUUCUAAAGCACUAGCCUAAGUGAUCUUUCUUUUUUCUGUCUGACGAGGGACCAACACUCGAAAUGUCACUUUUUGAAUUUUCUUACUGCGUCAAAAGAGGUAUUUGCUAAGUUCAAUAUGCAAUCCUUAGAUUGUUACCAUGGCAUUGGCGUUGGAUAUCGAGGUAAAGUGAAUAUAACUCGUUCAGGCCGUUCUUGUCAGCGGUGGAUUUCUCAAUGCCCUCAUCGUCAUUUGCGGAUUCCUGAAGAUGUUGUUGAUGGACAGAAUGAUUCCAACAUGUGUCGUAACCCAGAUGCUAGUGCCCCGGAUGGGCCUUGGUGCUAUACCACUGACCCUAACGUUCGAUGGGAGUACUGCAACAUAUCCCGCUGCCCUCCAAGAGGUACAUUUUAGGUUUUGUUUUUGCAAAAUCUUACAACUUAAGAAAGAGCAGUUAAAUGUGCAUGCUGCCAAAGAGGUACAUUUGAUUAGUUACACCAAAAGAUAUACUUUGCCAGUAGACUUCAUCCGUCGUUCCCUCCUUCCUUCCUUCUUCCCUCCUCCCUCCUCUCUUUCUUCUUCCCUCCACCUUUCCUCCUUCCCUUCCUCCCUCCCUUUUUCUCUCAUUUUUGUGCAAUUGAGUUUUUGCGAAAAUUUCCAUUCACCAGUUCCAUCUGAUAGCCCGAGUUUCCUAAGAGGAUAUCCUCUUAACUCAACUGCCGUUCACAUAUCCUGGGAACGUAUCCCUCCACCCUCUCACAAUGGAAAGCUCCUGGGAUACCGCAUAAGAUACAGACGCCGUGGAUCCCAGUUAUAUACUGAAAAGAAUGUUACUAGUAACAGCACAGAAGUUGUGAUCAGCAGACUUGACUUCCGAACUUCGUAUGAAAUGAAAGUAAAUGGCUUUAACGAAGUUGGUCACGGACCACCUGGAAACCUCAUUACUGUACAAACCUUGCAAAACGGUAAGUAAAUGCAACCCCACUCUGCACUCUUCCAUUAAUUGUUCCGUAAUUAAUUUUAAUUAUUAGUUAUUGCAAUAUUCUUGAAGUAGAGGAAUGGGUGUAGCCCAAUUUAUAUAUACUACCAUUGUACACUCUGUGAACUUUGAUGAUAUUAAAGGGACUGUGUCACGGCAGUCCAGUUCAUUUUGUUUAAUUUUGCCAAUUACUCGCCCUCAGUCGCUAUGAAACUUAAAGUAAGCAAAGGAAUUACACGUAAAUAACAAAAUCAGAGAUCCGAGACAAACAAAUAUGUCUCCUGAGCAUUAUUUUUGAAGUUGCAAGCAGCAGGGAUCAACUUUGAAAAACUGUUAGGCUGAACAGUUUUCAAUCCGUUUCAGUCUUCUUCAGUUUUGCCCAUCCGUGGCAUCUGUUGUUUCUGUUAUGUUAUAUUAACCUUCCUUUAAAGUUUUAAGCGGUUAUUUUUAUCUUUCUCUUAAUUUAACGGGCAUUUUGUAAUUUUCUAAUUUGGCUGAAUUUCGUGACACAGCUCCUUUAAGUUUUUAAAGUGAAUAACCUAAUUAUCAAGUAGUGUUUCUGGAGAGGUGCUUUUCAAUUUUUAGAGAUAGGAAACGUCGGAGAGUGACUUGGAUAUCGCAUACAUGCUUUCAUUAGCUUCGCUUCUGAUCAUAGGUAAAAGAUUUUGCAGUUCCAUUUUUAAGACUGAAUAAUUUUUCUCUCUUUUCAGGUAGCAUUGUGGUUGAUAUAAACUUUGAGCUUGUGAUCAACACUGGUUUUCAUAGUGAUCUGCUUAAUAGAAGUAGCGAAAAGUUCAUAGUGAUGGAAAAGAAUAUUAUCUCGAAGGUAAGCAAGGGUUAUUUGGCAGUUGAUUUGCGAUUUCGCCAUUCGUUUAGCCUGGUAUUAGGUGCGCUUUUAUGAACACCUAACGGCCUUGCGCGCAUCCUCCUUCUUUUUUUGUUUUGAUAAGAAUAAUAAGACUACUGUUGCGUUGCAGAUUAAUAUCCAGUUCAAUGAAUCCUUUUUAUUCAAGAUUUACGAAGUCAGAGUUUUGAGCUUCAGGUAGUAUUGCUCUCAGUCUUACAAGUCAAUAUAUGUUGCUGGUUCUAAAGGUUCACCCCAGCCAAAAGCUUUUUGUGGGGUCAUUCAUGUGCUUUUCUUGUUUAGUUUAACUUCAUGUCAUCUUCGGACGAAGACUAAGAAAACGUCCUUAGCACCGUGUCAUAUAUUGGAAAUGUUUGGCUAGAAAUAUUAAUGGUGGCAACUAUUGCCAAAGACUUUGAUUUUGGAAAGUGGCUCGGCUUAAGCGAAAAAGUGUUUAACUAACAGAAAUCUGUCACUGUCCUAUGCACAUACGAUGGGUGUGUUUGGGUUAUGUCAUGUUCUCUGUGACCGAACUAGAGACCAAAAACGGGAUUAAUUAUGAACGUCAUCUACUAUUUACGAUUAAUUGUUGUUUUUGUUUUUGUUUCUUAUUUAUCAAUUUUCUCUUCUUAAUUACCAGUCGUGGAAGCGUAAACGCCCAGAUGUUGGCUUUAGCCAUAGUAAAUGAACAUACUUCAAAAGCUGAGGCUUUGACUCAAUUUAUAGAAGGAUUUGAUACCUCGUUUAAAGACUGUUUGGGUGUCUCCGCUCUUAUUGUUGCAGGUACGUUACUUGUUUGACUCUAAGAAGACAAAGUCCAAAAAAAAAGGAGACAAAGUCCUUAUCGUUGCUGAUAUAAGGUUCAAUUCUCAGAAAACAUAUUUUUGUAUGCGGUUAUCUGAUUUUCUAAAUGUCAUAUUUUUGUUUUAAUUUUUAAUAAGAGAAACCACCACCGCCUGGAAAUGUAACGGUAAUUAACGUACAGACACGUUACAUUGUAAUAACGUGGGAGAAACCAAAAUAUGGAAGUGAUUUCCAGAUUCAAAGCUACUCAGUCGAGCACAGAAAAGUAGGCUCCAAAAGCUUCACCAAGGUGGCAGCCUUGCCCUAUUCACAGACUGGAAUGGUUAUGGAGGACUUAGAAUCAGCCACUGAAUACAUAAUCAGAUUGUCAAGCAUCAACAAAUAUGGGACAUCCGAUGGUGUACUCUUGACGCAAAACACACGAGAAGGUGCUCUUUUGGUGCUGUAGAUAUGUAUUUAUAAAAUAACUAACGUAGAACGCGCGCUCUGAUUGGCCGAGAGGCGUGUUUGUGUUUGUAAACAUGGUUGUGACGUCAAAAUGUUUUGCUUUUCGCGUGCUAAUCACGCAAGCACAAAUUUGAAAAAGUUUUUUGGUUAAAAACUCGACAAGUUUACUUUAUUUACCCAUUCCCUUGUCGGGUGAAACUUGGAAAAUCUUUACAAACAUGCUGUGUCAAUUUUUUUUUUCGCUUAAGCUGACAUUUUAUGCAAAUGCGUAUUUUGGAAUGCAUUUUUUUUGCAAAACACGAACUAAUUACGCUUGCAAAACUUCGCGACUGGUAAGAAUUUCUCUAUUAAUCAGUGCCAUCACAAAGAGUUUCGCGUUUUCUCUCGGGAAAGUUAAUUAAUUUUAUAAAAGCAAUAGAAAACUCUUUUCUCCCAACCCCUCUCGUGUUUAUAUCAGGCCUGCUAGGCAAACAUGCACGGAAAACGUUUUCUAUUACUUAAAUAUAAAUAUUGUUAAUGAAACUAGCCUUAGUACAGCAGCCUCCUUGAGGGGACGGGACGGGACGGGUGUACACUGUAUAGGGCGAAACUGAAGGGGUUUUGAUGGUUGCCAGCUAGCUCCUUCCUCGCGCGCUCAUCAGAAAAGUAAAAAUUUAGUUUCAGAUUGUGCAGAUGCGUAGAUGUGUGUGUAGGGUGUAAAUGUUUGCCAUUUUUUUAAACAAGCGUGGCCUCGAGGACCGCAAAUACGUCCACUUUCUUUCUCCAAAGACCAUUUUCGUUACACAGUGUACUAAAUGGGUAGUACACUUUCUUUAACUACUUCCACAGUGUCUCUUUCAUUUACCAGAAACAAUUCUUAAAAUGCGACAAAAACCUUGAUUAAUUCAGGUUUCUAUAUUAUUGUGUUUAACUUGCAGAUGCAUUUAUUAAGAACUUGAUCCUCACAAUUGUGCUUCCUUUGAGUUUGGCUUUCUUAUUUAUCGUCACUGUGUGCCUGAUUUUUCGGCCAUGUUGCCAAACAAAACCGAGAGAAGAUGAAAAGGUAAGAAGGAUGACGAUAAACGUUUAGUUGCCUUAAAUGCAAUCCAUGUUAUGCUCAAAGGUUAACCCUUAAAGCCACAACAUUCACAUGAAAAUUUGCCAGACUGCUCUUCAUUCCGGAGUUCGUCAAAGCAUUUUCUUUAUGGUGAUCAGCUAAGAGAGACGGCUGUAUUCGCAGGCUAGAUAGGCGACAAUCGAUUUCAAUUUAUGCGUUUGAAUGUCUCAACCUUCCACUUUUUGAACAAACAAGCAGUGUAAUGUAAGCGAAGAUUUCUUCUCUAGAUUGUGUUAGGGAAGCGCGGCCAUUGGAUUGAACUUCCCAGAUCAGCUGUCGAGUUCAAGGAGAAGUUAGGUGAAGGGGCAUUUGGAGAAGUUUUCAAGGGCGAGGUCACGAUCAGCGGGAAAUUAAGGAACUAUGCUAUAAAGAAACUUAAAGGUAAUCUCUGGUAAACUUUUUGUUGUUGUUGUUUUUUUACAAUUGGGGAAACAGCAUAUUGUCACAUAACCCAAUUAUACUGUAUGGUAAAACAUAGUUUCCUUCAUGUCUUACUAAUAACUUAUAGAUCUGAUCUAACAGUACUUUGGAUAUUUGUAUCAUUGCUUAGCAAAUAUAACGCGAUAUUAUUUUCUUUCGCAUUAAAAACUUUAUGUAAUAUCUGACUCAUAACAACAGCAAAAGCAUUUUUAAAAUUUUAGAGAAUGCUACAGAGAAAGAAAAACGUGACCUUAGGAAUGAGCUGCAGAUAAUGGCUGCAGUUGGUGAACAUCCCAAUGUUAUAAAUCUUAUAGCAGCUUGUACAGAGACAGGUAUUUCUCAAUUUAAUUUUAAACCUGGACAUCGUUGUAAAGUCAUCAAGUUUUAUGAGCAUAUAGCCACGCUUAAUUUCGUCAUGGCCAAACAUGAACUUGAAACUUGCUUAUGGUGAUCUGUUCCUUUUAAGUUACAUGCAAACGGACGUAACAAUUUCCAACAUUGUCGCGCAACAAUAUUGAGAGUUGUUGCGUCCAUUUCAGUGCACGUAGCUAAACGUUUGACCGGUUUCAAACUGCACAACAACUCUAAACAACACGCAAGAACAUGCACCAACAUGCAACAGGGUGUGCAAACGGACGUAACAUGUAACAUGGCAACAAUGAUGGGAGUUUUUGGCCAAAAAUGUUGCGUCCGUUUGUACGGGGCUUGACAAUUACUGUUACUGAGAGAAAAUCUGUGAGAAUAGGGCUAUAUCGACACGAAAUAUGACGUGACUAAAAUAAUAUCUUAAGCUCUACUAUCUCAUUUUUUUAUAUAUUUCCAUUUCUGUAUGCGUAGUUUAAUCUGCACAUCAUUAAUGAGUCUUCUUUAGGCUUCCUUGUGACACGAUAAGAAGUAAAUGUUGGCCCACCUACCCCACCCCGAAGUCUAACGCUAUGCUCUUAGGGUAAAGUUUUUAAGUUUUAACGUUGGAUUAGGGAAGGGGUUGGUGGGGAGUUUAACAGAAUCAUAUACUGAUCCAAGUUGGAUUGUGAUGGUAUACCGUGUUUGAAAAUUAAGCAAUGUACUCUUUUUGAAACAGAACCCACGUUAGUUGUCGUACGCCUGGCAGAAAAUGGCUGCCUGUUAAAUUAUCUACAGAGGAGCAGAGAAAAUCCUUACGUGAACGUAAACCAACCGAAAAUAAGCUUCACAACAAGUGAAAGAACAAGGAUCGCAAGAGAUAUUGCAAAUGGAAUGCUGCAUCUGUCAAACAAAAAGGUAAGAAGCUCUACGAACAAGAAAUAAUAAGGGCCACAGUUAGGGUCGAUUUUGUUUUGGUGGCAUUGAUUAUAAGGACUCUUCGACCUUCAGUGCUGUGUAGAUUGGAUUUCAAUAUCGGUCAGGAGCUCAAAAUUUUAUUUAUUUAUUUAUUUAUUUAUUCCUACUGAGUUCAGCUGUAGCCAUUGCUUGAAAUCAUGCUCUGCUAUGAUUGGCUGAGAGUCUUUGGCGCGAAAGAUUAUCUAUAGACCGUUUUCACAUGACGUCACGUGGGCUAUAUCCUAAAACAAUUCUUGGGUUGCACGUGACGUCACCAAAAAUCAGACUAAGAAAGUAUCGAUUGUUCUGAGUUUCUACUUUCACGAGGCAUUAUAGUACCUAAACACCUUUACAUAAACAAAUUUUUGGUUCGAAAGGGUUCUUCGUUUUGCGAGAGAGGACGCUUGAAUUUCCAGGCUUUUGCGUGACACAGCAUUUAGCUGGCGGCCGGGAAAGCUCUUAUGUGGGUUAAAAACAUUACCGAUUUUGGGAGAUUUUGCAAUCUAAACAUUCCUUGUCUCAGAAUAAAUAUUACUGUAAUCUUUAUGAGUUCCUCAAGCAAAGAAUUCACGCAUUAGUAGGAAAAUUCGAAAAUAGAUGUUUCUGUUGGUAUCCGGCGGCCAUAUUGGUGUUCCUGAAAGGGACACCAACACGGCGUUUCCAUACAAAGCUUUAUAAAUUUAGGUAAACCGUUUUCCCAAUAUCUCGCAUUUGAAAUAUUUCACAGACCUGAUUCUUGGCAGGGGUUGUUGUAUAGUUAUCUUUUUUCAUUUCCCAGAUUCUAGUCCUUCUGUAUUGAAUGGUGUGCAUUUUUAUUUCUCAUUACGUGACAGGGCAAGCCGAGAAUAAAACGGUGGUCAUGUUGGUGUUUCAAACCACUCCGGUGGAAAUUGAACAUUUUCCUUUUGUUUAUUUUUGUUUUGUUUCAAUAAAUCUGCAUAACUGCUGGGCAAGCGUAUGAAAACGUUUAAUACUGACCCGGACUUUCGAAGGCGUCCUGAGCUAUGAUCUCUCGUAAGCAUAGUCUCUUAACAAUAUUCCAUCGUUAUGCUGCAAUACUAUAUGCAGUCAACAACUCUCUACUUGCCGACACCCCGAUAAUACGGACAGCAGCAAAAAUAAAUUACAGACGUUUGACUGAAAUAAACUAUUACGGAUUCUCGCUAACGAGGACACUAACUCAAGGUCAGUCCCUACAGUGUUCGCUAUAAAGGAAGUUGACUGUACUAGGGAUACAUCUUAGCUCAAGAUAGUCUCGUAAUUAAAUAAGGGUCAGUUAUUUAGUACAUGAUAAAUAGAUGCACUGACUUCAAGCGGCUUCUGGAAUAGCUUAUGCUUUGUCUUUGCAGUGCGUUCAUCGUGACCUUGCAGCUCGAAAUGUCCUUUUAGACGAGAAUUUCGUGGCCAUGAUAUCUGACUUUGGUUUGUCACGUGAUGUAUACGAAAGUGGUGAAUACGAAACGUUGUCUGGGGUACGUAAUUAAAACAUAUUUGUGCAAUAGGUUACAAAGAUGUAUCACUAUUGGUUAUGGUAAUAACUGCGUCAUUUCGAUUCCCGCGCCCUGUUUAUGUGAGUAUAGAACAUGGACACGCGUACGAUGAAAUGUUGUCGCAAUUGUCGGUAAUAUGGCGCGCCAUUUUCCUAGGAAACUCACUGGUAAUGGACGCAUAACAUUUUCAUCGCUGCAAGUGGUUUCUCUGCAAAGAUUUGACUGAUAUUGGAAGUCAUUUCUAUGGUCUAUAUCAGCACAGAAAAAAUUAAAUUGUUGUCUGUUUAAGUACUCUUCUCUCUGUUAAUUUAUCCACAGAAUCUCUAGUCAUUGUCAACUCAAUGCCAUCUAUUUCAAAACAAACUGUUUUUUCUGUCUGCCACUUCUUCACCCACUAUCUGGGUGUUACCCCGCAAGACAUUUUGUCAGGUGCUAAAUUGUCGAAAGUGCUUUCAUGCAACACAAUCGAGCACUGUUGGCUUCAAUUAUUGUCUACCCUACCUCUCACGGGGCUCAUCGGCCUCCCUAUUUAUAGCUGCUAAUUAUUUGAUCAAACAAGGUCACACAUUUACCUUGUUUCCUUUUUCUUGUUAUUAUUUCAGGGUAUGUUGCCAGUACGUUGGAUGGCUCUUGAAUCCUUAGAAGAUUACACCUACAACACAAAGACAGACGUGUAAGUUCAACAAACUUAAACUUUCAACAUGGAAAAACCCUCACUUAAAAUUAGCGAACGUAACGUCAAUGAAGAUGAGUGACAAAAAGGCUUUCUAUUUUAGGUGGUCAUUUGGCAUAGUAUUAUGGGAAAUUGAAUCUCGAGGUAAGUUCUUUAAUCACAUGAUUUUCUCGGGACACGAAUAUGCACAACCAUCCUUGAGAGAAAUGGGGAAUCACUCGUCUAAUAUAGUUUCUUUUCGUACCUUAUAAUUCAGGUUUAAUGCCGUAUUCAGGAUUGGGAGGAAUGGAAGUUGUAGACUUUCUAAAGUCAGGACAGAGACUGAAACAACCUGAUGGCUGCCCGGAUAAGAUGUAUUUUUCUUUUUUAGCAAUACAUUUCGUUUCAUGACAAAACAUUUGAGUCGCUUUUUGACUCGAAUGAGUCACUAAGCACAUGUUUUUUGCUUCAACAGCUUUGAGAUAAUGACCUCGUGUUGGCAUCCAGAGCCCUCAGCACGCCCUUCAUUUAGCGAAAUAGUGACUUCGCUUAAAGAGGAAUUGACGGUAUCUUGAAUUUUUUUGCGUUAGGUGUGGGGAUGGGUAGUUCUCUUAGCUAGAUUCUCAGUUUUUAUUUGAGGAUUCCAGGGAUGAGGAUCUAGAUAAAAAAGUUCGGAUUGUGAAAAAAUUUUGGAGUCUGAUAAAUGGGGGGUACAUAGCAAAGCAAUUUUAAAAGCUUUCCAAAACUAAAGCAGCUUGUUAUAGUAUGUUGUUGAGUUAGAAUUCUUGUUUAAUUAAAAAAAUUAUGGUGGAACAAAUGAUAGUAACGCCAGGUAGUUUUACAAUUUGUAUAUUACGCUAUAAUUGAAAGUAACACGCCACGGCAAACUGCAAACGUGAAUUUGUACCUCGUGACCAAGGUUUCCUUUUUCUUGUUGUUAGUUGUUCAUUAUAUCUACACAAAUAGUAGUUCCACACCGGUUUUAUCCAUUAGAAUUGUUUUGGACUGCUUUCAUUUAGUACUUAUUUUCAAAUUGAAGAAUUUCUGAACUUGAAUCUGACGUUUGCCGUUGCAACAUUGAUUUUUACCAGGGUCUUCAGGAUCAGCACACUGAAAAUGAGCUUCCAUGAAUCAGACGGUAAUUAGAACGUGACGACCUAAUCCACUGACAAUAAUGGCCGCAGUUCCUUCUAUGUACCACCAAUCUAUAAAUGGACGGUUGUUGUGCAAGACAAAAAGUUCCCCCGCUCUCUCUUUUAAGAACCAUGGUAGCGCAUGGUGCUCGUCAAUGAAUGAUUCAUACCCGUACCCCAGUAAUCUAGACGAUUGCUAGGUCUCAUCAUUUCAUACUUUCGCAUUAAGGGGCCUGAAAUAAAGACUUUCAUCUACAAUGAGUCUGCGCCGUGUUUUUUUUCUGAACGUACCAAACAGCUCAGUGUUUGAUAUUAAUAGGGACGAUCUUUACAAGGCCUAGUCUGCCCUGCAGCUCACGUACUGUCAAGUUUCUUAUACAGGAUUGGGUUGUUCGUCAGACCACAAACACAAAGGGAAAGGAAUGUGGUUCGGUUCUCAGCAGCCGUUUGUGGGUAGGAGUGUUGCGUGACGAAAUUAAAAACGGCUGUGUAGCAGACUAUGCAAGGCCAGCCUUGUACGAAUUCCAAGAAUCUAACAGAUCAUUCAACUUAAUUCUACAGUCGAAAUAAAAUGACUCAACUUGACUAUUACUGACUCUUUGCUUCUGUAGUCUCUGUAGGUAGAGCGAAGAUAUUUUGACUAUAGUUUUAAAUUUCGAGUUGUAUUUCCGCUUUGCAUUAUUACGUCAUCAUAUGUCGUAGAGGGCUAUUACCCUAGCAACACCCUAAGCAUAUCACCUUUUGAUCAUUACACCCUGUUUGUUGCACCCGGGUUUUCUAAUGUUCAUGACAAAUUGUCUCGCAAGACGGAGAUAUCUAUUGCACGACAUUACCAGCUAAAAAGGUACGUUUGUAAGCUACCUUCCGAUAGUUAGAAACUAUGGUUAGAUGAAUCCAAUCACUGAUUUAUUAGAAAAAUAUAAGGAAAUUCCGAAAACAAGGGUCCAUGUUACAACGUGUGAGUAGGAACUGUUUAUAUUUGAUCUCCAGAAAUGGGCUGGAAAUCAGUGAAGGAUAACCUCCUUGAAACCAACUUCAACGAGUCUAGUAGAUAAUUGAGAUGAAACACUCUUGAUAGUGUUUGAGAUAGCUUGGCAAAGGAUCAACAAUUCCCAAGAAAUUCAAAAUAAAACUUCGCAAAAUUGAUAGGGGAGAACACACGGAUAACCUAUAAAUAACUGUCACGUAAACCGGCAGUAAUAAGCAGUAAUCUUUGCAAUAAACUUAGUUCCUGAUAGAUUGGUCUACAUGUUAACUUAUCUGAGCCAAUUAAGCUGGUCAGUGUUCACCAAUUAAGAAAAACUCUUUUAACUGCAUUCUCGUAAUCACAGAUAGAUCGAGGUCAACGCACUAGCAUUUAAUGCAUUCCGCACUCGGUAGAGGAUUCAGAAGGCCUCUGUUAUAGAUAUGCGGAAACCUCUCUUUUCAGGGGGGUUUUGAAAACCACUAAACAUUAUAGGGAUCAAAACUCGCCUUUUGGAAAAUUUCAGCUAGAAAAAGGCUCCCGAAAAUUCUAGGUGGCCUUUUUAGGGUAAAAAUCCGUUAAAAAUAGGCAAUUAUACCAUUUUUUAUAUGCUCGAAAAUCCUAGGAGAGGAAGGCAAGCAAGAAAUUUUACAACAAAUGUUCCGAAAAUUCUAGAUCUCAGAUCGUCUUCCGAACAGAUAUUUUUCCGAAAAUUGUCGUUGGGUGCCCCUGUCUUUUAAAGAGAUAAUUACAAUCACAGACAAUUUGGUGUAUGGUUAUAACCCAGCGACUUACCGUUUUUUCCAUGUUUAUAUUGCAUAGUGUGUGAUUUGAUUUCGUCCCCAUGAACACCACUGAUGUACUUCGUUUAAUGAUCGCCAGCUCAGUUGUUCUACACGCGUAUUACUAUGGCUGUAAGUGUGAAAUUCUUUGCUGCGAAAUAUUUGUAAUAAGCUUUCUAUCAAAUUGUAAUCUAAUGGGAAGGCCAGUAAUGUCAGCUACCAGAGCUACUCGUCACCAGCUUUUGCUCGUCAUCGCCCGUUUGACAAUUCCGUCAGGACAGGCUGGCCUGUUUUUUUAAAACCUGGGCUGAGCUGAUCAAAGGAAAUGAGAACCCAUUUGGGUAGCUUAUUGUGAUAUUACUCAGAUCCUCUGUUUUGCAGCUAAUCAAACGGUCUUCGUACAACUUAUGUUUAUAGCUUCCCUGUAGCCUGCCAACUAUUAACCUGUAGAAAGUCUACUUAUUCCUCAUAACACUGAAAAACGAUACCUUGUCGAGAGCCUACCUGUUUGAAAACCUUGCGCGACACAGCGUCACGUAGCUGCAUAAUCCCAUAUAUGGUGGCACCCCACAGGGCAAUAAUUUAAAUAGUUACGGGGAUGCAAGGACACGGGAAGUAUGGAGAAACAGCACGAGACAGGGAAGAUGUUUUUCUCAAUUUCUCAAGGUAAAGAGCUAGGUGAUAGCAAAGUUUGAUCCUCAUGCGGUAUUUGAAAUUUGCCAGUCACGGUUUUAGUGGCUGAUUAGCCUAAAUUAACCCCUGGACAGAACAUCGAUCGAUGGAGGCUCAACAAGAUACUAGUCAUAAAUAGGUUACCCGCUACGUUUGCCUCACACGGCUGGCAAGAGAAUUCUUCUAAAAUGUUAACCUUUUUGCUUUUGUUUUAGUAUCACAGGCUACAUUUUCUCGGGAUAACAAUUCCAGGUUAGUACACAGAGUCGUCAAAUAACGGGAAACUAUGCGAACGUAAAGCACGGUGUUUUUGAUAACAGAUAUGCUGGUUGUUAUGGCACUCGACCAAUCAGAACUAACCUAAAUGCUGGCCUCUAAUUGGUGCGAUGCAAGGGUUAGCUCGACUACUGGUUGUUUACAGAACAAAAGUGAUUUUUGUCUACUUUAUGAUGCAGAAAACUAGUUAAACUCUCAUGAUCUAUCACUCCUCUUUUUUUUUGCAGUUGUGUUCAGGCGCAGCCCAAAGUCACCCUCUCUUCAAAGAAGUCAUCGUGUAUUUUUUACAAGGACGAAGGAAAAAGUUGUCAAAACGUGAUCGGUAAUCAAUCUAUCUUUGACAAAUUUGGCGAUAAACUGAGGCACAGUAAAACCCUGGCUCGAUCGUUUGAACGUUACAUACCGUUUUAUCCAUUUUCUGAAGGAUGUAAAUCAAUUAUCGCAGAUUUGUAUUGCCGUUAUUUGUUUCCUCUCUGUGAUACGACUCUCAGCACGCCUUACCCUCGCCAUAUCUGUCGCAAGUCGUGUGAAUUUGCCCUACAUGUCAUAUGUAAAGACGACUUGACUAGGUUCAAAGAGAUAGCACAAAGAGAUCCCGAUUUCGAUCCAAACCUGAUUAACUGUUCGACUUAUCCAGUGGACGGCGGAGGAGAAGCACCAGAAUGUCACCAGUAUCACUCGUUACCAGGUACGUCUCAAUCUCCAAGAGGGAACUCCCAAAAAUUUGUUUGAAGGAAGGGACUGGUGGUGUGCGUCAUACGUUGUUAAAUCCUUAUUUUAUUUAAGACCAAAGUAUGUGUGUUUCAAACCUGAUCUCAAAAAUUCAGUCGCAACACUUACCAACACGUUAAGUGCGUGUUCACAGCUAACAGAAACUUAGUUUGGGUUCACAUAGCCUCCUACGCAAGCGUUUUUAGGGGAGCUCGUAUUUGGAACGAAAUACGAGCUCCCGUAAAAACGCCUGCGUUGGACGCUAGGGUUCACAUUGUUAAAAAGGUUUAAAAAUGAAUGAAAAUAAAAACAUUGCGUUUUCUUAAAAUCACACUCGAUUUCAGACUUUUGGUUUCAGAUAAGAGUGAACAAAUUGUACUCUUUCUCUAAUUUCAUCUCGGUGCAAAGGGUCUAAGAAAUGAUGUCCUUUUGGAUCUCACAUACCUACCACGGAGGUCAACAGAGCUUGAAUAGUUAGGGAAGACCUUUCAAGGAAUUAUUACACAGGACAGUCCUCGCGCUCCUACUAAAACAUUACUGAGCAGUGUCGUCGGGUGCGUUAUUCGAUCCCUUCACAUCCCAGCAAUUUUGAAUGAAACACGAAUCUUGUUAAAAAUUAUCUUGGUGAUGGAAAAGGAGAGGGGGAAAGAAAGGUAGCCAAUUUCGUUACUAUCACGUCAAGUGUUCCCCAGGCUUACUGAAAAAAAAAAUAAUAAUCGAACUAACUCGGUUGGUACAGCUGACUAGGCUACAAGUUAUAACAGAAGCAAUUGUUCGUGAAGAAAUUAAUUAGGCUAGUGAAGUUAAUAAGUCGAUUCUUUCAAGUUUUGAUAAAGAUGGCUGACAGUCUUCGAAACUGUCAGCAUCACUAAGAAGUUAAGACUGGCUAUGUUUUAAGAACAUUUAAAUCGACUUAGAAGCAAUUGUACGUCUCCUAGUCUGCCUUUAGUGGUAAACGAUCUUAACGACACUGCCUCGUAAUGGCUAGAUGGUACUCUCUGCUUGUGUCAACAACAAAAUUUAUGGAUCUAAAGGCUAUUUAUUGUAAUUUAUAGGUGAUGAUACCAGGACGACAGGUUUGUAACUGAAUAAUAUUGUAAAUGAUUGUCUCUUGCAAUUCUUGACAGGGGCACCCAACGAGAAUAUGGAUCAAAACCACUUAAACAUAGCAUUGUUAAACGUAUUUUAGUAUUUAAACGGUAGAUAUAGGCAUAUUAUUAUCCCCUAAAAAUUUUUCAUCUGUUCGGAUUUUCUAGCUGAAAGUCUAAUGAGCCGAAAGUUACACGGAUCAAAACUUAGCUUUUCGAAAAUUUCAGGCACAAAAAAGGCUCCCGAAAAUUCUAGGUGACCUUUAAAGGCUAAAAAUCAGGUAAAAAUGGAAAAUUAUACCAUUUUUUAGAGAGGCAGGCAAGCAAGAAAUUUUACAACAAAUGUUCCGAAAAUUCUAGAUCUCAAAUCGUGUUCCGAACAGAUAUUUUCCAAAAUUUGAACUGUGCCCCUGUCUUGAGUUCUGUUGCUUUUAUUCUAUAAUAGGCAGUUUUCUUCACUCUUCCCUAUCAUUCUUUUGGGAUAAAGCCAAAUUCAGAUUUUCAACGUGGGAGCUCCAAAAUAUCGCAGUCAUGAUCAGUACCGUGAAACUAGUAGAAAACGAUGAUUUCGAGCCGUCAAAGGCGAUUUUGCAAAUUUGCCAGCUCAAAGAAGAACUUUCCUACAAUUUGAAGAGCCUUAUGCUUCGUAUGUUUCGUGCAUAGGUGAAGACUUGAGAGAGUUUAUAGACUCUGCACUCAAUACGCGCAAUCAAACAUAGCAUGAUAAUAAAGUUCAACCGGGAAGAGUGACAUCAUUUCACAAUUCCAUUAGCACUAUUUUAUAACAUACUACAGAUUGUUACUAUGGCAUCGGCAUUGGAUAUCGUGGCGAUGUAAAUAUUACCCGUUCGGGUCGUUCGUGUCAGCCGUGGUCGUCCCAAUGCCCUCACCGACAUUGGCGAUUUCCCGAGGAUGUUGUUGAUGGUCAGAAUGACUCCAACAUGUGUCGUAACCCGGAUGCUAGUGCCCCGGAUGGACCUUGGUGUUAUACCACUGACCCUAAAAUUCGAUGGGAAUACUGCAACAUAUCCCGCUGCCCUCUAAGAGGUAUUAUUUUUAACGUAGCUCCUAAGACUCUAAAAUGUUCCUUUAGCCGGAGUGAAAAAAUAUAAGACUGGGUAUUUCUUGAAGAGGAGAUCGCGCGAAGACUUUUUGCCAAUGAAGGAAUGUUUCGUCUUAUAGCCUCACUGGAAACACAAGUGAUCUAUGAUUUUUACUCUGCUAUAAUUUUAGAAGAAAGAGAAAGCUACAUCGGAUAGCUCAGAAAAUUAGAAUUUAUAUGUCUCAAAGAAAUGAGAUGUGCGAAGACUUAAGAAAAAUCAGUCAUUCCAUCAAAUGGAUUUGUUUCUUUUACGUUUAGUACAAAAAAUAUAUAAUAUAUAUAAGGACGGCACUGACCAGCCUAUUUCAUUUUGAGGAUGCAAGUUUGACAGGACAUACUUUAAAAAACGUUUAGAACGGUUUAUUGUUAAAAUUCAUAUUUCAUAUUCAUUAUCAAUAAUUUUUAGCUAACUUAACGGCUUUUGAAUAUUUAGCUUCUGUUUCAUAUAGUCUCUAAUUAUCUUUACCUCUAUAGUUCCCAAAACUCCAGGCUUUUUAAAAGGCUACCCGCUUAACUCAACUUCAAUCUACAUAUUCUGGAAGAGAAUUCCCCCAUCGUCUCAUAACAAACAGCUGCUGGGCUACCGGAUACAGUACAGACGCGUUGGAUCCCAGUUAUACAGUGAACUGAAUAUCACCAGCAACAUCACAGAGACUGUUAUUAGCACACUAGAUUUCCAAACUACUUAUGAGAUUAAAGUAAAUGGCUUUAAUGAAAUCGGUCAUGGACCCCCUGGAAUUAUCCUUGUCGUCAAAACCUUUCAAGAGGGUAAGAAUAUAAUGUCGUGGACGCCAUGUUUUAUCUUAGUAUUCACUUAAUAUUCUUUUAUUUACGCCACUGAAUUAUGGUCAAAUCAAACCUGUGUUAAGCGAUCACUAGCGUGGUUAUCGUUAACGUUUACCACAGAUGACGUCAAAAUUUACUGGGAACAAAACCGAUCCGGCUCAGUGCUAAUCAGGAAGAAAGCCUCUCAGAAAAGGAGAAGUAUCCAGCAAAAGUGGACCUUCUGACUCUCCUUAUACCAAACUGAAAGAAAUUACCGACCAUUUUAGGUCACACAUCCUAUGUAUUAGUGCAGUGGUGUGGCACAUGUUUAUAAAACCGGGUUGCGUUAAUACAACAGAGCUAAAGACGAUGAAAACCAAACACAUGCACAAUUAGAGAAACAAUUAUACCUUUAACACCCUGCAAGUAAGUAAAUCUGCGAGCUUAUACAAUCUUUUUCGCAGUAACCAUUGUUUUCUAAAAGUCUGUCCCGUUUUACUAGUUCAUUGAUAACUGAGCACUUACAAUUUUUUGCCAUCGUUAGGUGAGAUCCUCAGUGACGUAAAAUUUGUGUUCCUAAUCGAUACGACUUUUGAGAGUGGGCUAUCAAAUAGUAGUAGCAACAAGUUUAAGACAAUGGAAGAAAAAAUUAGAUUGUCGGUGAGUAGGAGUUUUUCAGCUUCUCAUUACUAAGAUUUCUGUUAUAUUUUUUGUCAACUUGAUGGCGCCCAACAUUAUUGUUAUUUUGAUCUUAUUGACCAAUAAAAACAUCGCAUUAAUUUAUUCCAUCAUAAUAUGUGAAUAAUAAAAAAAAAAGAUUUGGCACCAUCAGGGAGCUACCAGCAAUUAUCUUUGAUGUUUGCCGCCUUUCAUGGCCAUUCUACUGUACUAACUAUGUCUCACGCGAGUGACUAGAUGUUUUAACGUUUCAGGUGAUACGCCAAUUCAACGACUCUUCUCUAUUUACGAUAUACGAGGUCAGAGUACUGCGUUUCAGGUAGACCAAUUAUCUUUGACCUUCAUUCGAACAACAAUUGAUGAACAAUGAACAAACCAUUGUCAGUUUUGGGUUAAUUGACGAGAAUUGGUCAGGACCAUGUAUGUGGAUCUAGACACGGGUUUUCUAGACUAAAGGCGCUAAUCAUUUGUCAGAACUGCCUCAGUUAAGUCGUAAAGAGAAUUCCACUGUUAAGCAGGACUUUUAGUCUAUUUCUAAAUAGCUUGCAUGGCAGUGAUCGGCUUUCCAGAAAAAGGCUUAAUAUUAUCUAUAUUUCAUUUUCCCUCCGAAAUAACCGGUCCAGUGGGCAGUUCUGAUAAAAAGUAAGAACCCUAAGAUAAUGCCUUAGUAGAAAGGAUCCUUGAUAGUCAUUCCAUACCCUACCCCCACCCAAAUCGCCACCACCACCACCAAAACCACCAUCACCACUAGAAAAAUACCUUUAUACCUUUAAAUACCUUUAAAUACAUUUAUUUGCAAUGCUUAACUUACGUUCUUCUUCUUCGGUAAUUUUCAGUAAAGGAAGUGUAAAGGCCGACAUCUUAGUAUUAGCCAAAGUAAGGGAGCAUACCAUGAAAGCGAUGGUUGUAACUCGUUUGAUGGAUAGAUUUGACAGGUCGUUCAAAACAAGACUCGGAAUUUCUGCUGUCAUUGUUAAAGGUUAGUGGUCAAUUAUAGAUCAUGGUGAUAUUUAUCCGUCUAAAAUGCAGAUUUGUUUUCCUGCUUUGUCUGUCGCUGUUUUUUAUUGUUGAUCAUAGCGGAGGUCUCGUGCAGCGGAGCACCAUGGAUAAGGAAAUUUGAUUACCUAUGAAUCUAAUUUUGAAAAAAUCGUUCGCACGAACGUACGUCCACCCCAUCAUGGCAGCGGAUGUGGAGACCUAAUCGCUAGGAGUCCCAGGCAUAUUUUAACUGUGUUUACUGAGUUGGUAUUGUACAUCCAUGUUAUGGUCAAUCUACAGCUGUCAAAAAGGGUAUCCGCUGAUCAGUGUCAUAUGACUUUAUCGCGGGCUCAGGUAUACAACUCAUUGAGUACCUGCCUCAUUUAGUGCCUGUUAGCUUGUUCAUAACCAUCAACUACGAUCGAGUGACUACGCCAGAUGUAGGGUUAAAGGUAAGCGUUAGGUUCUUCGGUACCUUCAAUCGUUGAUUUAGGAAACUUAAAGGAUUUGUUUUUUUAACCAACAGAAAAACCGCCGCCGCCUGUAAGCCCAAGGGUAACAAAUAUCCAAACACGUUACUUCAUAUUAACCUGGGAUAAACCAAAAUUUGGCGGUAAUUACCACAUACACAGCUUCAUAGUUGAACUAAAGAAAGAAGGCUCCGAUAACUUCACACCUGUAAAGACACUGCCAUAUUCUCAAACUGGAAUGGUGAUGGAGAAUUUGCAUCCUGGUACAGAGUACACGAUUAAGUUGUCAAGCAGCAACAAAUAUGGGACAUCUGAUGAUGGCACUUUGUUAAAGCAAAGAACUUUACCUGGUAAGGGCUCUCUCAAUUAUACAGGAUAGAAAUGAAGCUCUAAAUUUUGACUCUGUAUACGAAGUCCUACGGUAUGACCAUUCGUAAAAUCAAAGCCACUAAGCAGCAGUUUUCUGUGGUACUGCUCAUUAUGCUGUGUAAGGUGGUUCAAACUUUUGAAUCUCUGGGUGAAUUCCAAUGGUGUGACCAUUCAAAUGAAAGCUACUGAGUUGUACUUUCCUGUGGUACUGUUUAUUAUGCUGUAUAAGAUAAUUCUAACUUUUGAGUCUGUGGAUGAAAUCCAAACGUGACUACUCAAAUAAAUCAUCUCAAGCUGUACUUUAGCGCUAUGCCAUUCGUUUAUAUGCAUUUUACAACAUGAAAUGUGGGAUCUUUCAAUGAUUUUCAUAGUAGCCACUGUUAGCAGUGAAAGGGGACCGGUAUUUUUUUUAUUUUCAUUCAGUCUGAACAAAUGUACAAAGUGGUAACCAAUUACAUUUCUGCAAGGGGAGCCGUAGUAGUAUAGUAGGAACCAAAUUAGCCUGGUUUUUUUUAUGAAAAAUAUACCCUAUAGCUAUCAAGGAGAAAACCAGUACUAAUUUAUGACGUCCUUAAUCUUAGAAUAACGUCUUUUGAAUUACUUAAUUCACUUCGAAAAACCAUAUUUGACAGUCUAGAACCCCAUGCGAACAAGAAACGUCACAGGUUUGUUUCUUACCCUCACUGUCCUCUUUUUCUCCAUAGACAGGUUUAUCAAGAAUUUGCUGCUGACGAUCGUCUUACCCUUGGGUUUAGCUGUUUUAUUCAUUGGUUUUGUUUGCCUCAAGUUUCGCCCAACUUGCCCACAGCCAGAAAAAAUAAUAUGCGAAAAGGUAAAGUAAGGGUUCUCCAGCCAUGUUUUGAUGCCCGGCAAAUAAGCAUUUUGUCACUCCAGUUUGUUGCGUAAUUCAAAUUGCGUGGAAGGGGUUAACUUAAAAAGUACAGAAUUUACUAUUUCUACUUUUGUUUUGCAUAUAGCUUGAUGUUUGUAAUAGUUAAGGUUGUAUUGAAUAUCGUAAAUUUAUGUUAGGCGAUUGUCAAAAACGUUGCAGUGACACCAGUGGCUUGCAGCUUGUGGUUCAGCUUUAGAAAUUUUUGACCCCAUUUCUAUAUUAUUUACAAGAGUGCAGACCAUGGAAAAUAAGUUGUUGUCUAUUUGUUAAUUAAAUUAAAGCCUAGCUGGAAAGAUAUUAAUCUUUAACAUAAAUGAAAUGUUUUGCCUGAGUGUGUACUUGUGGUUUCUUUAGAUGGUACUAGGAGAGCGUGGCUAUUGGUUUGAAUUACCCAGAUCCGCGGUUGAGUUUAAGGAGAAGUUAGGUGAAGGGGCAUUCGGUGAAGUUUUCAAAGGUGUGGUUAGAAUCGGUGGGCAGUUCAAGAACUGUGCUGUAAAGAAACUUAAAGGUAAAUGGGGAUCAUUAUUUUUUAUGAAAACAUUGUUUUUUCUAGGUGUAAUUAUGUUCACAUGACAUCUGAUGACGCAAUAAUUGAUAACUAACGGCGUCAGUCAAAUUAAAGGAAUUUCAUUUUGGGGCCCUGACAGCUUUCGUAAGCUAAAGUCUGUUAAAAAUACCUUCCUGUAUGAACCCAAAAUGAACUAUUUAUUUUUAUAAAAUCCACAGAGAAGUAACUGAAAAAUAAAGUGGGACGCUGAUCUUUUGUCCUUAUUUUGUUUUUCUAACGUGACAGUAACUGAUAUUUUCUCUUUCAUGUCUGUCUUUUUAUUUUCUUGGCAUUACUUAAUAUUUCCCUAUCUUGGGUAGCAUUUAAAACUUUUAUUGCAUUAACAUUAUAUACAAAUUUAUACUUUCACUUCGUCGGGACGCUCAUCUAGGAAUUUUCGACAUGGUGGGUGGAGGUGAAAUUGUGUAAAGAAUCAAAACUGUAUUAAAGUCAAUUCAGUUAUACCCGAACUCGCCGUUGACAAUUUUUAGAUUUUUCUUCGCCUCCUUUUAAUGACCUGUAUACUCAAACCUCCAGAGGUACAAAUUUCAUUCACAAAUCCCUUACAUGACUUACAUACAAUUAUCUCCCAGUUUGAUGGUUGUUUUAAUGGGGCGGGGGAGAGGUCAGGACCCGGUCCCUCCCCCCUGGAUCCACCAUUAAGACUGCAAUUGAUUUUGAUGCCUAUCUAAACAAAGACUGAAACCUUCAAAUUACAGCAAACGCUACGGAUGCAGAAAAGCGUGACUUGAGAAACGAACUCCAGAUAAUGGCUACAGCGGGUGAACACCCUAACCUAGUAACUCUCAUGGGGGCCUGCACAGAAGAAGGUACGAGAUAUACCUUACAAUGGGAGUGUUUUCAGGCGGGAUGGUAGUCUGGUUAGAUCCGGCCCCAAGGCGUGCACGUCAGCUUAGCUCAAAGUAGGGAGUGCAAGCAACCACGACAGCGACGCCAACAUUAAGACUAAAAAAAGCAAUAGGUUUAAUGAACCACCCUACACAUGCAUCACCCUUUUUAGCUAGCUCCGGAUCGGCAUCAGUAUCAGAGAACAGUUUCGACUCCUUUAAGUUAGUUCUAGCUAUCUCUUUUUCUAUAUACUCGCACAGCUUUUUUCAUACUAUUAUACAUUUAUCCAUUAUCUGCCAAAAUAGUUCAAGCCCCUUGAGGAAAAAGUUAAUAAACGCCCCUCGAUUCAUUGCUUUCCUUUGAAAAAUGGCCUCGCCCUUUUUUUAAUUCAAGAAACUGCUGUAUUUUGCAAAAUCAGUUUUAGGAUUCUAUUUUGAAUUUGGGGUUUGGCACUGAAGUAUUGGGAGUGACAGUUUUAACUUUAUGUUUAAAAUUUUCCUCACAUUCAGAACCAGUACUGGUUGUCGUUAGCCUAGCUCAGAACGGCUGUCUGUUAAAUCAUCUACAGAAAUUAAGCAGGGAACAUCGGUAUAUCAACGUCGCAAAACCUGGCUGUGAAAUAAAUUUUGACGUCAACGAGAGAGUGCGGAUCGCACGUGAUAUUGCCAAUGGAAUGUUGCAUCUUUCAAAUAAAAAGGUAAAUAAUUAUAAUCAUGAUCAUGUUCAUGAUCGUUAUCAUCAUCAUCAUUCUAGACACUUAAAAUUCCACUUUACUUCGAAAUAAAAGUUCCUUAUUUCUUCACUUUUAAUUACAAAUUAAUGGAGAUUAACUAAAAUGGACAAUUUAAAUGUGCUUGUUUUUCAGUGCAUUCAUCGUGACCUUGCAGCGCGAAACGUGCUACUUGACGACAAAUUGGUUGCUAUGGUUUCUGAUUUCGGCUUGUCACGUGACGUAUACGAAAGCGGCGCUUAUGAGAACACAACUGGGGUAUGUUUCAAUUUUCUGUGCAGAUUUCAAUAAGCUAAGGCCAAGAAAAUGCCAGGAAUAACAAGAUGGGAGGUAAGCUAGAUGCCUCUACCAUCCUCCCAGAGCAUCUUCUCUCAACGUUAAUUAAUUUGGCAAUGUGUGGUGACAGUCGGUUGUUAUGGAUACGAGAUAUGACGCCAUAAGUGCAUUAAUUUUCAAAUAAGAAUCUAAUACCUUUUUUCUGCUUUCAUUUUUAACCAGGGUGUGCUACCAGUUCGUUGGAUGGCACUUGAAUCUCUUGUGGAUUACACCUACAGCACCAAGACUGACGUGUAAGCAAGUUUUGCUCGACGCUGAAAUUCAAAGACAAAGAAAAAAACACCAUAAAGGCCUUUCCAUUUUCCUUUCAGUUUACUUUAUUUUUAGUUAACCUUCACAGAAGUGCACUUUAUGACUGACUGGAAUGAAUUUAUUAUAUCUCAGAAAGCACGUGCUUUAUCGAUGGUAUACUUAGUUAGACUUCGUCAACAGAAGAGGAGAGUGCAACUCAAAAUCAAGAAAAGGAAUAGGUUUGUACUUUAGGACAGCGAUUAGGAGCAAUAUCUCUCCAACGAAUUCAAAGCUGCUUUCGUGACUUGGACAAGGCUGUAUUUUACACAUUAAUUUAAACAAAAAACACAGCGUUAAACUGCUUUUUUUUCUUUGCAGCUGGUCAUUCGGUGUAACAUUGUGGGAAAUUGAAUCUGGAGGUACUUAUUAACUAACUGCAUGUGUCGUCUGUGUGUGUGUGACAGCAAAUGAUAGGUAUAAGAACAGGUGGAAGUUAUUGAGUAAACUGGUAACGCAAGACUGCCGGAUUCAUUAGUUCUCUCAAACAAAAACUACGAGAGUAGAAAAUCCCGCGCUUCGAAACCUUCUUGCCUCCAGUUAUUUUGUCUUUUUAGAAUAAGAUCUAAAAUGCCAAGAAAAAAAUUCUAUAAUUUGUUUUAGUAUAUACUAAAACAGUGGAUAGUGUUUUUCGCGCGCUCUGAUUGGCUACUCAAUCAGUGAAUAUCCUGCACUAUUCACUGAUUCACCUCCAGUUCCUCCGAGUGAGCGACGCCAAACUCGCGUAGGUUGAGAGCAAAAUGCCGUAACAAACUAAGACAUUUCACAACUAAUCAAGCAAGCUGUUUCCGAAAUACAUGAAGAAGGUGACGAAGUUCGGUUUGGAAGUUUUAACAGGUAAAGCUUUUUGUCUUUUUGACUUGAAUUUAUCGAUAAAACCGGUGAAAAAGUUUUUUGUUUACAAAUGCAAAUUAAGCUUAAGUCUUGCGUUACUUUAUUUAGUUGACUUGUUCAUAAAUAAGCUUAAAACUAAAUUUAAUAACCUUUUUUAGAGAAUUAUUGUAAAUACAAAAAGAAUUCACAACUCCUUUUGAAGAAACUUCCCCGCAAGAGCUAAACAAACGCCUUCAAAAGUUUUAUUUGUCGCUAAGAAAAAGCGACGACCGCGACCGUUCGGUCAUCGCGCGCCAAAAUUGUAAUCGUUGGCAACAGUAAAUGAGUUAAAAAUCAUCAUUUUUGUGCUCAAUUAUCUCACUGUUUUUUGUCGGUGGCUAGUAUUGGAUAUAGUAAAUAUCCAAUACUAGCCACCCCCACUUCGGGGAAUAAUUGUUAUUUAAUGUUGUUCUGAGCGGCGCUAUUCACACCGAGGCUCACGAGGUUUUGCAAGACGCGUAUUUCUAUAGUAACGUUGCCAUUAUUAAUUUUGUUUAAUGGUGUCAUUUUUAAAUUCAGGUGCGAAGCCUUAUCCAGGUCUGGCUGGUAUGGAGUUAGUGGACUUUCUAAAAUCAGGACGACGAUUAAAACCACCGGAUAGCUGCCCGAAUAAUAUGUACGAAACAUCAUCGGUCUAUAGAUUCUUUUGAUAAAUCAUAAACGUUGACCAUUUUAGGCCUGGUUCAGUCGCCGCUCCACUCAUGAGCCAAACCUAACUGAUGAAUUAAGUAUGGCAAAAGAGCGGUGUCUGAAUCAAUGCGUUAAGUUCGACAGAGUCUGUCGAACUUAACUUGGCUCGACAUACGGUGCACCCUUUGAAUCAGAUAUCGCGCCAGUGUCGCUCCAAAGUCGAACUUAUUCAAUUACGUUCGGCGCAUGAAAAGUACGGCGUGUAAACGCUGGCCGAGGUACGAAAGGCUGUCGAAAAUUCAGUUUUUUAUAGUUAUUAUUUCUAAGAGUUUUUAUUAUGAACUCUGACCGCACGAACAGUUGAUUAUUAUAUGUUACUUCUUGGAUGGAAGCUUACACCUUCUCACUACUAAGCUUUUGACCAGAAGUUGAAACUUAGGCAAACUAAUACAAAACAACUCAUGAAGUGGCAAAAUGAUGGUACUUUGUUUCACUUUUGUAGUCUUGAGAUGAUGAUGGCAUGUUGGCAUCCAGAUCCCUCACAACGCCCCUCCUUCAGCGAGAUUGUCGCCUCACUGGAUCAAGCACUGCAAGCAAUUCGGUGAAUAUAUGUAAUACGCUUAUGGUUACAUUUUGUUUUUCUUCAAGAGCAUUGUAGCGACAUUCUGAUCCUUUUUUGCAAGGUGCUCCAAAUAUAUGUUUAAUUGAAUCGUGAAACAUCAAGAUUUUAGUUUGGUGAAACAGAGGAACGCCUAACGAAGAUCUAGAUGCUACCAAGUGGUAUGUGGUAGGGUAGGGGGGAUGUAAAGACUAUUACCUAGCUUCUUUAAGAAACAUUCCAUUUUGCUGAACGUCUUUUUACAAAUGACGUCCAUAAAUGUGCUCUGAAUACAGAGGGGGAGACGUCCCGAAUGGGCGAAGGCCACGAGCUUCCUGGGGGGUCCCCGGACAUUUCUUGAAAUGAAUAAUUCAAUAUGCGCUGAGAUGCAGUCUGGUGCAUUUUGAGACUCAAUUUUGAGAAAUGUUACAGUGUGUGCACUGACGUCGUGACGUCUGGAUGUUUUUUCUGAUAUAGUUACUUAAUAUAUACUGGAAUGAUAACUGACAAUAUUUUUUGGGGGGAAGCUGGGCAUUUUUUUUUUGGGGGGGGCAAAGCUUCUACCCCUCAAAUACCCCAGAUAGAACCCUGCCAACACUGAGCGAGAAAGGAGUUCCACACUGGUGUUCUGUUAUUAAGACGUCUUUGUUCUCUCAUUUUUCUUUGUCAUCAGCCGUUGCUAAACGUUCCUAAAAACUACACGUCACAUAGAUUGACCCAUGCAUUUUGCAAAAGGUGCCUGUAACUAUUUUACCUUCAACAAAAUGCUUAUUGUUCUUUUACCAUCAGGGUUAAUCUAGCUGAUGGGACAACUGGGAGUGAAUUUCAAAUACACACAAAUCUGGUGUUGGAAACCGAUGACCUGAAUAACGAUGACAUGAGCAUCAACCUGAGAGAUGGAAUCACUCAAUACCGACCACCAGUAAACACAAAUAUGGGAUCGGAACUAGAUGCGGAAGAAGAAAAUCACAAAGAAAAUAAUAGUGAGGGAUCAGAAGACGUUUGACAAAAUUACAGAACAAAAAAAUAGAACCAGGUUCUAAGUUCAAAUCUCUGUGAGCUUAUUCUUUGUAUACAACUGCGUCACAAGGCGUCCAUGUUGGUGGACAAUACACUAAAAACUUUUUCGAUGAAUUAACAAAACAUGGAGUUACGUUCCCACCAACAUGGCCUCCGUGACGUCACGUUCAAACCAGUAAUACGCAGGUCUGUCAACUAGCUUUGAUACCCCUUUAACUUAAAUACAAUCCACUAGCUUUUUGUCUCAAACAGCAAAUUUGCCCUGAGCGUGUACAGUUAUAAAGAAUAGGCACGCCCAUAUGUGCAGUGGGGAUUAUCGUGAGUCAGUUAAUAAAAGUCGUAUAACCUUAAGCCACCGGUUUGUAACAUUGCAGCCCAUAUCUUAUCGAUUACUAGUGUCGCCUUCGAAAAGCAAACUUUUCAAAAGAGGGAAGAGGUGCCGAGAAGAAAAAAGAAAGUGCAUGUUUUGCUGCACGUUGAGCGGAUUUGAUAUCAACCGUUAAUAAUCAAGCAUUUGAAACAACAGUGAGCCGAAUCAGCCGAUAUAACCGGCAUUUUUCGGAUCCGUUUCAAACUAAAAACAUAAUUUGCUGCAAGAAACUUCAUAGGAUAGUAAAUUACUGUUAUUGAGAGCUGUAUAUG